AUUUGUGGCGGGAAAACACGUGGUGCUUCUUGAUUGGAUCAGUGUCUCGGGUAGUGGAACGGUCCUUCGAUCUGAACCCUUGAUCGUGAAGCAUUUCGACGGUGGAGAUGAGGCAGCGGUUACAAAAAUUUUACUAUAAAUAGUAGUGACAGUGCAGUCAUUUUCACUUACCUUUUUCUUCUGUAAAUCUGACCGUCCGUUUGCAGUUAAAUUCUCUUCAGGUAAAUAAAUGGCAACAGUAUCUUCCUUUACUUGGUCGGCGGGCGGAAGCGGCGGGGGCUCCUCCAGUGUCGGCGGGGGGUCAUCUUCGCAUUCCGAGGCUAGUUCGCGGGAGGUUGCUUCGUUGGGGUCGGCUUCGUCAGGAGGCGACCGGAUUUGGCAUGAUGCUGCUCUUUCUCUCCUUGAGGGCGGUGUCGUGGUUGAUGGUUUGGACGGGACACCGGCCGGUGGAUGGCCGACCAUUGGCGGAUACACUUGGGCCUCCCAUGACGUUGGUUCCUUCAAGUCUGAGAUCAAGACCAGGGGCGAGCUACUAGAGUGGGCCAACCAAACCUAUCUGGUCCGAGACGAAGAGGACGCCCGGCUGAUCCGUCUGGGGGUAUGCCGUCCCAACGAGUGGGUAUUCCACGGGAAGGGAUCUAGUAUCGAAGACUUCUUUUUUGUAUAUACAUACUUGUUCAAGCGGAUGCAUGUCCGGAUACCCUUCUCGCGGUUCCAGGCGGCCGUUCUUCGCCAGAUGAACGUUGCCCCUUGCCAGCUUUGCCAGCUGCAUCCGAACGGGUGGGCUUGCAUUCAAGCCUUCAUAGUCAUGUGUGCCGCAUUGGGCAUUAAGCCGACCCUACCUUUAUUCUUUCUUUAUUUCCAUGUCCGACCUCCUUCUAAGCACGGGUGGGUCUCGUUAACAUCCGUCCAAGAUUCUUGCCUCUUCAAGGCGUACUCUGAUUCUUUCAAGAAGUUUAAGACUAGCUUGUUCAAAGUAAUAAUAAAGGAAGCCGGCCGUAACCAAUUCCGCAAUGACGUUGGCGAGCCACUGUUCCCCUACUAUUGGACGGAGAAUCCGUCUCGAGUAUGUGCGGUUGCAGUUGAAGAUUUGACCCCUACGGACGUCGAGACCGUCAGAACCAUUGAUGAUUUGCCCCGCCGCCUUCACGCCCGUCCCCUAGUGCGCACCCCGAAUGUCCAAGUUCCUCCUCGGGUCAACGUGACCAUGGCCCAAAACGUUCCUCCGGAGAUUGUCAAUCUCGUGGCGACCGAGAUACCAGCUGCCCAAGCGAUUCCGGACGCUCAGGCUCUGCGUACCUCUUCCUCCAAAAGGAAGAGGAAAUCAAGAGUCUUCCUCCAAGAGGAGUCGGCGAGAGGGCAGUGACCCUCGGCCUUUGACCGGGGGGUUGCUCGAUCCCUCAUUCGGGGUGAGCGAUCACGUGGACUUCCGGAUGAGCUCUUCCCAAAGGGCGGUCGUGGAGCCCUUGUCUGAAAAGGAGCUGACUGAGGCAGCCCUUGAAUUCACUUCCCGAGGGGCCAUGUUGAUAUGGUACCUUCACCGCUUCGCCGAUCGUCGUGGAGCGGAAGACGUUCAGCACGAGCUGGCCGCAUCGAAGAAGGAAGUCGAGGACGUUCGGGCAUAACUAGCUGAGCUUACCAUUGAGCAUUCUAAGUGCCAGGAAGCCCAAGAGGCCCUGGUAAAAAAGUAUCAGGGUGCAUGUAUAGAGGUGGCCACCCUGACCAAGCAGCUUUCCGGCCUGCGGGUCAAAUAUACCUCGGAGACGGACGAGAACGAGCGCCUGAGGUCUGUUCUUCAGGAGACUGAAGGGAAGGUCACGGCACAGGAGGUGGAAUUGGCCAAGGUGUCUGGGGACAUGGAGAAGGCCCAGGCUACCAUCCGGCAGCUUAGCCACGAUGUCCAAAUCGAACAUGAAGAGGGAUUCACUAAGGCCCUUCGUCAGGUAGCCUACUUGAUGGGGACGGAUCCUCUGACGGUCAGUUUUGACAUCGCUCAGGACAUCUUCGAUGGUGAAAUGAGCCCGUUCCAAUGCCUGACGGUGUCGCUGAGGAGGAAGAAGAAGAAGAAGAAGAGGGAGGAGAAGAAGAAGAAGCUGUCGGUGGAGAAGAUGGGGAGGAUGCCGAGGAGGGCGUUGAUAAUGAUGGAGAUGCCGGUCUGAGGAUGAUGCACAUUUUCUGCAAGGAGUCCCAUGUGAUUUUAUCUUUAAAUUUAUGCAACAUAAAUCUUUGUAAACCCUUUUUACUCCACAACAAAUUUGAUGUCAGUUAAGGAGAAGCAUAGAAAUUUUUUCGAAUCAAUCGUUUUUUUUUCUUUCUUUCAAUUAUAGAUCAGUAUUUCAUGUCUGGGAUACUUCAUUAGAGACCAGAGAAAUACCUAGGAGAUAUUGCAACCUGGGAUAAAGCUGAAAGUUGUGUUAAAGAAGCUUUAGAUGAUUUUGCCAAGCCUUUGCAGGUUGGUUUGCAAGUUCCAUGAGAUUCAUCUGUGCUUUCAACCCAAUAGCCUCUGCAGAACUUUCAUCCAAGUUCCUGCAAUUCCAGAACAAAAACUGUUUCUUGUUUUCCGUUAAUUGUUCAUCAGCUGUUGAAGGAAACGAUACAGUCUUCAAUGAUUUGCAUUCAAUGGCUUUUAAAGUUUUAAGAGACGAUGGAAGGUUUGACAGAUUCUGAAGAGAUUUGCAUUUGCUGGCUUCUAGAGUUUGAAGGGACGGAGGAAGCUCUGAGUGUUCCUGUGCAAGCUGGGCAAACUCCUCCACUAUUGCAGUAUUUUGGAACACUUUUGACUAGGGGAAAGCUGAAUUCCUUUGAAUCAUUAGAAUUGUGAAGGUUGGUUGUGAACCAGAACAAGAAAAAUCUGUUGGAGAACUGGUUGGCAGAGGACAAGCUUGAAUGCAGCGAGGAACUAGGAGAUCUAAUAAGACUGUGGAUAAUGACCUUGCUCUAAAAAUAUAUAUCAAAGCCAGAGCUACACCAAAAGUUGUUGCUGCGUUUGCUGAGAGAAGGGAGUUUGACAAAAUUCUGAUAUAGUCUAAACAGGUUGGAUACACACCUGACUACCUCUUCCUUCUGCAAACAAUUCUCAGGACAGAUCCUCAGGGUGGUGUUAAUUUUGCAUUAAUAAUGUCUCAAAUGGAGGGAGGUUGCCCAGUUGAUUACAACACUAUAACUGAUCUCUUUCUUCAGAGAAAUCUGAUCCGAGAGGCAACCGCUUUUCUCCUCGAUGUUUUAAAACCGAAUCUACCAGAGCAUGAGUUCCUUCAGACAAAGAUAUGUUGUUGAGAGAAUGGAUGGUGAUCUGUGUGCCAAAGUUCUUGAUCCUGAUAAUGACUAAGAAGGCAACUUAUUGAUGAAGUUGUAUUCACUGCUUUGCCAGAAAGCUCAAGCCCUGACCAAGUUUCUGCAGCUGUUAAGGCUUUCAUGACAGUUGAUCUGCCUCACGAAGUGAUUGAACUUCUUGAGAAGAUUGUCCUUCAGAAUUCUGCAUUCAGUGGGAAUUUUAAUUUGCAGAAUCUUCUUAUUUUGACAGCGAUAAAGGCCGACCCGUCCAGAGUUAUGGAUUAUGUCAAUAGGUUGGAUAAUUUUGGUGGACCUGCAGUUGGAGAAAUGGCUGUAGAAGCUCAGUUAUAUGAGGAAGCAUUUGCCAUUUUUAAGAAGUUCAACUUGAAUGUUCAAGCAAUGAAUGUGUUGGUUUAUAAUAUUCAUAGCAUUGACCUAUUUGUAUAUACAAUAUGAUGAGUUUGAUAAUGCUGCAACUACCAUGAUGAACCAUUUUGCUGAAGCAUGGGAUCAUAUGCAAUUCAAAUAUUUUGUUGUUAAA